CCAAGUCCCACGCUAAUUCAUGGCCAGCUCCCACAUAGGUAAAGGCAAGCAAAGCCCACCUUUCCCUGCCUGCUGCUCAGCAGCCUGCAUUCGUGUGUUCUGGUGAUCAGGACAUGAUGUAUAAGGAAACCGUGUGACUUUAAGGACAGCCUUAGAGUUAGAAGACCUCCGCCUUCCUUGUCUUCAAUUAUUACACUACAAUUCAAAGAAGAGGAAGUCCUGCCUGCCCACAAGUCAUGCCUCCCCUGGUUUGUGGCUGUGUGUCACAAGAAAUAAAACUAAAAGGGACAUCUGAAAAGGUUUCUGCUGCAGGACACUGCUUAGCACUGAGAGCAAACCAACACCGUGCCUGAAGGAUUACCAGCUCUCUUGAUUCCUCGCAAUGCUACCACAGGACCUCAUCCCUGGACACAGAGAUCUCAACCCAGAGCUCUUGGCACGCUGCAGACUGUGCAGGCUGAGUUGAAGAUCCCUCUUAUUCUCCGGGUACCGAGAACUAUGAACAAACCGGGCAAUAAAAGGACCACCAAAGAAGGAUCCGGUGAUUUGAAAUUCCAGAACUUCGCUCUGCCAAAAAUUAGGUCGUGGCCAGGCGUCAAUAGUGCCAUUGGCCCCUACCACACCGUCACGGCUCCUCGGCCCAACUGCGAGAGGAACACAACUGCAGCCCUGGACAGAGCAAAAUUCCCUGCAGACACCAACUAUGAAGACCCCGAGCUUCAGAUGGUCGAUGUGUGGCCAUCGGUGAAGAUUUUACCAGCCCGACCCAUAAAGGAAUCAGAAUACGCAGAUACCCGCUGUUUCCGGGACGCCUCCUCUCUGCAGUACGCCACGCCUGUAACACCCCCUCCAAGACGAAUGCCGAAUCCGAGACUGCAGCCAGAGGAGAUGGACAAACCCUUUUCCAAGGAAACGAGAAGCCAGCAUGUCACAGGAGACAAAUCCAUACAGGGAAACAAGACCCCUAUACCACCUCCCAGGCCUCCCCCCACCCUCCCGAAGAAGUACCAGCCCCUGCCGCCCACGCCUCCAGAGAACUACACAUCUACCCUACAGCUGCACGUCUUCCCAGAAGCCCAGAGGGGCCCCAGACAAAUAAGCUUAAAGGACAUAAGUGAGGUCCUGCAAGCAGAAAAAGUUUCUCAUCACCAGAAAAAGCCUGAAUCAUCUCGCCCACUGGAAAAAGAAAAUGCUCAGAAGACUCCACCUCCCAUUACCAGCUCUUCCCUCAUGCUGAGAAGCCACAACAUGCAAGACAGAGAUCAUAAAGGUGGUGCACAGGCCUCCUGCCUGAGGAGAUGCCCAUCUCCAGCCGGCUGUGGCCCUGGUGAGAGCUCAGUGCCCUCUACAAACACUAGCCUGAGAAAACCUCUGCCCCCGAGAUCUGCUGCAAAGGACGCUCAGCACAAUGAAUGGUACAUUGGAGAAUACAGUCGCCAGGUAGUUGAAGAGGCGUUAAUGCAGGAGAACAAGGAUGGAACUUUCUUGGUCCGAGACUGUUCCAGCAAAUCCAUGACAGAACCGUACGUCCUGGUGGUGUUCUAUGGAAACAAAGUGUACAAUGUGAAGAUCCGCUUCCUGGAGAGGAACCGAAAGUUUGCCCUGGGGACAGGGCGCAGAGGAAAUCAGAAGUUUGAUUCUGUGGAAGACAUCAUUGAACACUACAAGCAUUGUCCUAUUCUCCUUAUUGAUGGGAAAGACAAGAGCGGAGGCCACAGGGAGGAGUGCUACCUUACCCAGCCGCUGCCGCUCUCCAGACACCUCUCACCUCGGUAGCCUGGCUCCUUUGUCUUCAGCUCAGUGGAGUCAACAUCUGUGUCUCAUUGCAUUUAUUUCGAAAGAUUAUGUCUGAGUCCUCAAGCGAUGACCCUGUAGACCUUGUUUAAAAGAAAACACUCCACAAUGCACAAUGGAAAAAUCAAUCAUGAUUUUGAAAAUUGAGACCACAGAAAAGAUAUUUACAACAUGCAAAAAUAAAAUCCAGGCUUUCAAAAGUAUUUUUUAAAUAAAAAGCUCCAAACGUGGUCAUUAUGCUGAAGUUACAGAUGAGCAGCAAAGCCUACAAGAAGUUGUCACUUAAAUGUCUAUGGCUGGUGAGAUUCCCAACCCUGUGUUCCGCGUGGCCCAUUAACAGCCUCCCGGGACUCCUGCACUUCGGGUGUUCAGAUAAUUCCUUAUGCUAGAGAUGUUGCCACGUGCUGGCUCUGUCUUACUUGUGAUCCUAGAAAUUCAAUUAUAGGGAAGGAAUAUGGAAAGUGAAACGAGAGAACUCAUGACUAUCAACUUAACAACAGAAAGCAGAAGUACUUACUCUAUGGUACACAUAUUCUGCUCACAGUAACUUUAAGUCAAGUGGAAGUUAUCAAACUCACAGAAAGGAACUCCAAGGAUUAUAUCCCAUUCCAACCUUAAGGCAAUCAGUGUUGAUUCUCGAAGUAAGCUUUUGGAUGUUAGAGUAGUGAGUACCAUGAGUGAGUACCUUAUUUUGUUUUGUAAUACAGAUGAGAAAGACAAGGCUCAAUGCAGUUUUUGACCUACUCAGUAUUAGAAGCGAGCCCAGACUCUUGCCUGGCUCCAUGUAAGUGCAACUUCACAGCCAUGUUCUGUGCCCUGUGGAAUUUUGCAGCUAAGUUGAAAAGGUAGAUUUGAAAAGAGCAAGAGAAACAAUUUGAAAACACAGAUUUAUUUACCUUAAAAUAAACAAGUUCACAGAAUGGAUUAGGUUUGGGAAAAAAUAAUUAAUGGUGUCCCAUGAUUUCAAGUGAUGCUAAGGCUUAAAAUUCAUGGAGUAUUCAUGAAAUUGGGUCUUCAAUACAGAAACAAAAUAAAACUAAAUGUAAGAGACUCCAA